ACGCAUCCCUUGUAAAAUUACGAUAAUGGGCCCUGUUUGACGUAUUGAUUGAGCAAAUAUCGUCCCUUGUUUUUUUAGAACUGAUAUAUCGUCUCUUGUUAAACAAAAAAAAUAUACUCCACUAAAUUAAUGACCACGUCACUCUCGUUUGUCCUGUUCGAGCAUUGAAAUUUGAUGAAAAUGGCGAUGGGUAGCUGAAACUGCAAGGAAAUACAGGUCGUUUGACUCCUUUCCCCACACACAUGCCGAAUUCAUGGGAAAGAUGAAACAUAACACACUCGCCUCCAUUUAGUUUAAUAUUAAGGUAACCGCGACACGCGAAAGAGGAAGACGACGACAAUUCAAGAUGGCGGAUCCCUCCUCCUUUUCUUCUUCACCGAAGCUCGUCUAUUUUGUACUCAUUCCGUUGCUCAUGCUGUCUGCCCUUGUGAUUUUACUCAACCAGAAGCCUUCUGCCUCCUUUUCAUGGCCGCCUCAACCACUAAGCUACACGCCUGCUUCUGCCACCACUAUUGUGGAGGAUCAGCCGCCGCCGCCGCCGCCACCUCCGCCGCCGGUUGUGGAGAGCAUGAGAAAACACGUGGAUUCAGACAAACUAGACAUGGUGGAGGCGAGCUUAGCAAAAGCUCGAGCAAAUAUCCAUGAAGCUCAACGCAACAACGAAUCAUCAGACGACGCUGACUACGUCCCACAAGGUCCAUUCUACAGGAAUCCCAACGCUUUCCACAGGAGCUACUUGGAAAUGGAGAAUACAUUGAGGUUCUACAUAUACGAGGAGGGAGAGCCGCCACUGUUCCACUACAGCAAGAGCCUCGGGAUUCUCGGAAUCGAAGGCAUCAUCAUUCACCAGAUGGAGAUCAGCAAGUUCCGAACCCGAGACCCUCAAAAGGCCCACCUUUUCUUGGUACCACUCAGCGUGCAGUCCAUCGUCGCCUACGCUUAUGUUAGACACAACCGCGCUUGGGAUCCCCUGCAGAACAUCGCAAGAGACUACAUCAACCUCAUCUCCACCAACCACCCUUACUGGAAUCGAACUCUCGGACACGACCACUUCAUCAUCGGCUGCCAUGAUUGGACGCCGACGGUCUCUCGCGGUGUGGCGCACCUAUACAAGAACUCGAUAAGGGUGCUGUGCAACGCCAACACCUCGGAAGGGUUCAAGCCGGAGACGGACGUGUCGAUGCCGGAGAUACACCUCCCGGAGGGCACGACGGAGGGGUUGAUCGGAGGGCCGGGGGCGGAGAACCGGUCCAUCCUAGUGUUCUACGCGGGAGGCAUCCACGGGUACAUCAGGGAGGUCCUGAUGGAGAAGUGGAGAAACAGAGACAAGGAGGUUCAAGUGCACGAGUAUCUCCCGAAGAGCAUGUCGUACUACGGGAUGAUGAGGAGGAGCAAGUACUGCAUCUGCCCCAGCGGCUGGGAGGUGGCCAGCCCCAGAAUGGUGGAGGCCAUUUACAUGGGCUGCGUUCCGCUGCUGCUCAAGGACCACUACGCCAAGCCCUUCGACGACGUCUUGGAUUGGACUAAGUUUGCCGUUGAGGUGGAGGUCAAGGAUAUUCCUAACUUGAAGAACAUUUUGAAAGCUAUUCCACCACACCGCUAUGUGGAGAUGCAGAGGAAUGGUGUCAAAGUGAGGCGCCAUUUUGAGGUCAAUUUCCCCCCUAGACGCUAUGAUGUGUUCCACAUGAUUCUUCAUUCUGUGUGGCUUAGAAGAAUCAAUCUACAACUCCAUCAUGCUCAUUAACACCAAAAUUCACCAAAUUCUCCAUCAUCUUUGUACAUUCAAGUAACUGUUUUUUGCUUCUUAGUAAAUUAUGUUUUUUUCAUAA